ACUACAUCACUGAGCAGACAACUCUAUCUCUAUGAACUUUCUGAGCCAAAAUUCCCCGUUCCUACUAUUACUUGCCCUUGUUCAACCUACAAGCAACUACUUUCUCUCGGUUACCAAGCACGGAAUCCGAUAAACGCCAGCAUGUCAGAAUCGAAAAUUAUAUCCAGCUCAAGCACCAAGGUCACCCAGGUCACAGAAACUUUCACUGGCCAGGUGCUUUCUAAUAUUAUGCAUCUCGACAAAGACGCUGGUAUUGCGAGUGUUACCUUUACGCCGUGCGCUCGGACGCACUGGCACACUCACGUCGGAGGGCAAAUGAUUCAUGUACUCUCAGGCAGCGGAUGGAUUUGCGACAAAGGAGGUAAAGCCAGGCGUAUCAGAGCUGGCGACACUAUUUGGGCAUCUCCAGGUACAACUCACUGGCAUGGGGCUGAUGAAGAGAGUGUUAUGACUCAUCUUGUUAUGGUUACUGGAGAAACAAAGUGGCAUGCGUCUGUUACUGAUAUAGAGUAUAGAGAACGGGAGCUAUAGAAUACUAC